AUGUUUGUUAGUGGUUGCAAGUUUUGGUGGUGUUCCUUGACGGAUGCGCGCGCCAGGUCAACAACAGAGUGGUCGAUGCCGGUGCGCUGGCGAGCGUCUACGUCGGAGCGGACCCGCAGCCGCACCUCAGCCGGGGACCUGAAUGCUAUAGAGCGACGACGCUUUUUCACCCCUGUGUGGUCUUUUAGGACAGCUGUUACCUCGUGUAUGGCUUUGGACGAAACAACACCUACCCAGAGGGAACGACGCGAGAGCAGCGGAGCGCAUCGACUGGACGGCUGGUUUGCGCUGCGGAAACGGGUACUGCCUCGGGACACGGACUACGCUGGUGUGGUAUGGCACGGUCGUUACGUGGACUGGUUAGAGGAGGCGCGAGUGGAGUUUCUAGCUGCGCGCGGCUUUACAUACGAACAGCUGGUGCGGGAGUGUCAGUGCGAAACACCUGUGAUUCAGCUGUCGCUGAGCUACAAACGGCCAGUGCGGUUUGGUGAAGUCGCCGACGUUCUUCUCCGAGUCUGCCCGAGACAGCGAACGAGUGUGCGUAUUAUUUUCGAGUGCCGCAUCGUUGCGGCAGCGGCGACAGUUGUCUUACCUGAAAACGAACAAACGCCUGUCGGCACCGUUUAUGUUGACGGACGCGUCGAACUGACGAUCGUGGAUCGCAACACCGGGCGGGUAUUACGGAAACUCCCGCCCCAGCUGGAGAAGUCGCUUUACGGCUAG